UGUAAAUGGCACAUACAUUAUGGCUGAUGGCAUUGCACAAAUAUUAUUCUUAAUGUCUAAGAUGUAAUAUUACGUUUGUAUCUUUCAUGUCACGGCUCUAACUUCCUCGGUUCCAUAUUUUAUUAUAUUCACUUCAUACAAGUAGUUCUUUGAAACAUUUAUUCAGUGCAAACAACUGUUUACCUCAAGCAGCAGUUCUGAAUCCAGCAGAUCCCAAUUAAAGGGCAUUAGAGAUUAUGAAAGCUAUCUGAUCCCAGGUCAGCUGCAGUGAUGACGCUUGUGUAAGAUGUGUUUGUCAAAGCUGGAUUAGGAGCCGUGAUCUGUUCUGUUCUAAAUUUAUCAGAGAAGUAAAAGUACAAAAGCUGCAAUGAGGACAUCUCCUCAGAGAGUUAACGUGUCGAGCGCCGCGUGGCCCGGGAACCAGGGGUGGAAUAUUAUUAAGUGCUUUCCCUGGAGCUCUUAACUGGAGCACUUCUGCUGCACUUGAGUGCGUCCAUUUAAUUCUACGUUUGACUGAGAUAGAUUGUCGUAGUCCUUCACUGAGCUGACAGCUGUGGUUAAUACUUCAUUCAUAAACUUAAGAAUAUGAUAGACUUUAUACAUUAAACUGCUCAAACCUACGUCUUCCAUCACUGUCCAGAGUCAGCUGAUCAUUUCAAAACAUGCAACCAACCUAACCCAACACCAGAGAGGACAAUUAGUCCCUCUGACAUAUUCACCUGCCAAUGAUGUCCCCUUUGUCUUAUUUUGACAGAGAGCCGUGAUGUUGGUCCUUCAGAAGAUGCCCCUCACAGCGGCCCUGUGCCUGAUGCUCCUUGCCACACUUCUACCCAGCUCUGAGGCCCGGCGUGGAGGCGGCGGAUUUGGCGGAUUUGGCCGAGGUAGAGGAGGCUCCAGCCGGGGCUGGGGCGGUGGUGGUGGCCAGGCCUACAGACCAGUGCAGAGCAGUGGUCCCAGUGCAGGGAAAAUAGCGGGGGCGGCUGCAGUAGGCGCCAUUGGAGGAUCAAUGUUAGGAUCUGCUUUGAGCCGCCCUGGGUAUGGAGGAGGAUAUGGUGGAGGAUAUGGUGGAGGGUAUGGAGGAGGGUAUGGUGGAGGGUAUGGAGGAUACCCACGAUACGGAGGUGGUGGCUAUGGCCGUAGGCCUGGCUAUGACCCUGAGGGCUCUGGAGAUAUGGAGUACUACGUUGGAGCAUCCAGUGGCCCCAUCUACAACAGCAUCAUCGUUGUGAUUGGCUCCCUGAUGUCUCUGCUGAUUGGCCACUGGGUGGCAGUCAUGUAGAGAUGGAGACAGCAGGUUUCACAAAACAGACAAAGAACCCUAACCAAAGAUACCCCAUGACCUGAGAGUGAAGACGACUGUUCCUGGUUUCAAAUUAAAUAUGACCCUUGAUUUACGAGAAUCUGUGGACAGUUGGUUUUAUUGAGUCGUCGGUGACCCACCCACACAGACCAGUAGAGGAGUUUGACUCAUUUCACCUCAGCAACGUGUCACUGGGACACCAAGCUCCCAUCUGCAGCGCCACUGGUGAACUCCCAAACCACUUCCUGUAGAUAUUUGUCAGAGUCGUGAGGUAAUUUAACUCAAUGAAUAACUAUCUGCAUUAUAUCCCACACUCUUGUUUCUCCUUUUAAUGUGUUCAGUGUUUUUUUUUAUACAAAUUUUUCAUGAUUGCAGUGAUGAUGAGGAGGACUUUAGUGAUGGUGAUGACUCUGUGUAUUGUAGCAAACACAUUGUCCACACACAAACUGUGAAACAUGAAUAGAUUAGUUGUGUAAUCUGAUUAAAUCUACCUCAGGGAACAGAGUUUAAGAGCAGCUGUAAACUUCAUUUGAUAACCACCAUCUCCCAGUCUAUUCCAUAAUAACAGAAUAAUUGUUUCCUCCUGAUUCACAGUCUACUCUGCAUAUGUUACAUUUUCUGCUCAUUAUUUGUAUAUUUAAAGUAUAUUGGACCUAAUUAAAUACAUGUUUUCUGCCAUUUUGUAGAUUAUUAUGUAAAAAGGCAAAA